GACCUGUGGAGCUAUGACUUCUACAGCGGAGAGUUUGUGGUGUCCCCAGAGCCAGACACCUGUGUUCUGACCCUUGACCCCCAUAAACACCGUUACAUCAUCCUGGGCAGUGACGGGCUGUGGAACAUGGUGCCCCCCCAGGACGCCGUCUCCAUGUGCCAGGAUAACGAUGAGGCCAUGGUGAGUUGUGGUGCUACGUCCUGUUCACCAGGGUAAAACAUUUUUGCAAUGAGAAACAAAACAAAUCUGUUUCUUAUUGGUUUAGGGUAGCACCUCCCUUUAGGUAGGACCUCCGUAAUUAUUUGAAUACCAACAUGAUGAUACAUUAAAAAACCACACAACUACUGUAAACAACCUUAGGCGUCGUGCGGGGUGUCCAGCGCUCGCCAGCUGGUGAGCCACGCCCUCCUGAGGUGGCGCCAGAGGAUGCUGCGUGCGGACAACACGUCGGCCAUCGUGAUCGCCCUGCAGGAGCCCGGCGUCCCCCAGGAGCCCCUCCACCAUGAGGAGGUGCUGCUCAACCUGGCCGAGGGACAGCACUGUGGCCCCACAUCGGGCUCCCGCUCCAACACACCACUCAUCAAGGUACAGAGCAGAGGGACUCGUAAGACUGUGUCCCAAAUGGUUUCUAUUCCCUAUAUAGUGCACUGCUUUUGACCAGGGCCCUAUGGGAAAAUAGGGAGCAAUUUGGGACAAAGGCUAAAUCAUAAUACUACUUCAUUACUACGUUACUACUGUAUGAAAUGCUCUCUCUCUCCCCCCUCUCCCCUCUCUCUCUCCCACCCUCCCCCUCUCUCCCUCUCCCCUCUCCUCCCCCCCUCUCUCUCCCCCCUCUCUCUCCCCCCUCUCUCUCUCCCCCCCUCUCUCUCCCUCCCCUCUCUCCCUCUCCCUCUCUCUCUUCCCCCUCUCCCCCCUCUCUCUCCCCACCCUCUCUCCCGACGCUCUAUCUCCCCCCUCUCUCUGAGAACCUUCUGAUCUCUCUCUCCCCCCCCUCUCCUUCUCCCCUCUCGCUCUCUCCCUCCCUCUCGUCUCCCCCUCCCUCUCUCCCUCCACUCUACUCUCGCGCUCUCUCUCCUCCCAUCUCCCUCUCUCUCUCUCCCCCUCUCUCUCUUCUCUCUCUCUCUCUCGCUCUGUCUCUCUCUCUGUCUCUCUCUCUCUCUCGCUCUCCCUCUCUCCCUCUGUCGCUCCCCUCCCCACCUCCCCCCCACCUCUCUAGGUUCCAGACAUGGACAUGCCGUCUGCUGUGUGUGAGCUCCUCCCGACCCUGGAGCGGGGAAACGGCCUAUCAGGGAGCAGCCUGUACGCCCUGGCCCUAUCAGAUCCCUUCGGCCCGCCCCUCUCCGACUCGGACGACGACUCCCGCACCGGUUUUCCCUUGACGACAGACAGCCCCACCCCGGGGGAGGAGCUUAGCGAUGUCACUGCCAGGACACACGGCGGCCAAACGGACGCUGGAUGAGACGUCGGCCAACCCCGUCCCGUCCGCCAAGAGGACCCGGAGGAAGAAUGGCGCGAGAACGCUGGCAGGAGCAGCGGGGGCAAAAGGCAGUGGAGGAAAGGACCAGAAACAGACUCCGACUCCGCCCCCCACGCUACUCCAGCAGCAACGCGGCAAGGCCACCGUCUGUGUGUGC